AUGCGAUCUCUUGGGUUUAACCCAACUGAAGAAGAAUUACAAGCAAUGAUAAAUGCGGUGGAUUAUGACGGUAUGGCAACUGUAGGUGCAUUUGUGCGAUGAGUAAUAAGGGAUUGGGCAUUUUUUUUAUCGCCUGGGGGUUGACGGAGGAUUUUGUUGUGUCGCAAUAAAUUUAUCUCACCCCCCACCCCUAAAGUUCUGUAGGAUUCUUAUGAUCCCCCCCCAUUUUCAAUCAAUUUCUGUAGCUCCCCCCCUUUCAACUACGUUAGUGACGACUGAUCUGCCCUCCGUUCCCCCCUGAAAAUCAUGUACCCCCUGAAAAUCAUGUACCCCCUGAAAAUCAUGUACCUCCUGAAAAUCUUCCGACCCACCCCACUCUCCCUGAGGUGAUAAAUAACACUGGUCCCUCCCGUACCCAGACCUUCCAUUUCUUCCACAGUUCAACGGUAAGAUCUGGGUACGAGAUUACGAUGAAGGGGAUAAAAUGAUACGAUUUGAGUCAGAAUUUGUUUAUUACUGUUUAGACUAUCUAAUAUGCCAUCAAUCAUUUUCUACGAAGUUUAAAUCAAUUACGCGCUAAAAAAAGAUUCUCGUUAAAAGAUUGAAAGUUUUAAUACCAACUCAAUUUUCCUCCUAGGAAACGGCGUCAUAGACUUUCCAGAGUUUGUCAAACUUAUGGAGAUUCAGAAAAAACCAGAUGAACGAGAGGCAGACAUGAUGUUAGCAUUCCGAAUUUUUGACGCCGACAAUAAGGGGUACAUCGAGUCAGCGGAGUUACGCUAUAUACUACUAAAUAUGGACAAACGAAUUCCGCAGGAAGAGAUUAAAGAGCUGAUGGAGAUUGCUGAUUUAGAACGAGAUAGAAAAAUAAGUUAUCAAGGUACUCGAGAGUUUCCUAACAUUAUAAACCUGGCCCUACUAAAAAUUAAUAACAUGGAUCAAUGUUAGUAUCGUGAGUUACUCCGCACCUACCCCUCCCCUAACUCAACAACAGUCAACUGAUAACAAAUUAUGAUUAUAGUUGGGUUAGGGGAGGGGUAAGUGUGCAGUUGUCCAGUAACUGACAUUGUUCCCUAAAAUUUUGCAUCUUGCCACGGGAUGCUCGCUUUUAUCCCGCAAAAAGAAAUAGUUGCGUGGUUUUCUGGUCCUGGAGAUUGGGGAAACGGCAAAUGAAUUUAUCAUUUAUUCAUUUAUUGAUUCUUUUUUAUUUUUAUUCCGCAGAAUUCCUCGAUUUAGUCGAAAGUCACGGAGGACUGUUUUCUUAAAAUUACGUGACCUUACAUAGUGAACAACAAUAGACAAAGAAGUAUUCACCUGCUUGAAGAAAGCUUAACAUACCACCAAGAUUUGAUAACUAGCCUGAAAUGCUGGCGGUUUUUACAUGCGCUUUACCGUUUUAUGUUAGCUAAGGAAUAAGCAGUGAAGUCACUACAACCAACAUCCGUCCCAAGUCUCUCGCGGCUUCACGCUCAAAGCCUUUGCGCACACAAAACCUCAAGUUUCUCCUCUACUACGUGAAGUUACACUGUGUAAUGCUUGAGACAGUUUUCGAUGUGAACUGGCUAGAUCUUUUUUCAUCUAUAUCUUUACACCCUGAUAUUAGUAUACACAUUCUCCGCACUGAUUUCACUUCAUUUUAUUGUGGUACUUACAAUGAGAAUUUGUAUGACGGUCAGGAGCUUCUUAAAUUGCUGAUCAUUUCCAUUAUUCCCAUAUCCUUAACAUCUGACCCAUGGGUGAUACUGUAAGGAGAAACUAGAAGCUGGUCAUUCUCGAUGAAAGCCCCACAUGAUUACUUGAUGAUCACCUUUAGAAAAGGG